GGCAGGUCGGGGUGUGGGCGAGGCCUGGGCCCCUGGGUCUGUUCGCUGGACACUUUCCAUUUUCUUGAGUGCACCUCUCUUGCUCCCCUCUUCUGACUUCCACUUACAUCUUUUAGUCUUUUAAACUUUUUGUUUGUUUGUUUGUUUGUUUGAGACAAGGUCUUGCUGUAUAGUUCAGGCUGGUCUUGAACUUACUACGUGGACCAGGCGAGCCUCGAACUUUCAGCGAUCCUCCUGCCUUAGCCUCCUGAGUGCUGGGAUUACAGGCGUGCACCACCACGCCUGGCUCCCACCUUUUGAUAUUUUUCCCAGCUCCUCGAUUAAAGUUAAAGGUGCUUUUUUUCUGCCUUUCUUUUAAUCACCUUUGAAGAUACUUUGCUGUAAGCCUGGCUUCCCCCCAAGGGUCCCCUAAUUUGGAUCUAUGAAAACACUAAAAUAAUUUUAAAAAUAAAAUCAGCUGGUUGUGGUAGCACACACCUGUGAUCCUAGCACUUGGGAGGCUGAGACAGGAAGAUUGACAGGAGUUGGAGGCCAGCCUGGACCACACAAUGAGUUCAAGGCCACCCUAAGCUAUACAGUGAGACCCUGUCUCAAAAAAUAAAUAAAUAAAUAACGAAAAUGAAAUAAAAUCACCAAAAUGUGAAUACCUGUAGGUGCCAAUCACAAAGCUAAAAGUGAAUAAUAAUGGUCUCACUUAAAAUCCCCAUUCGGGGGAAGAAACCAAGGCGCAAAAGGUGGAAGUGUCCUGGCCUCAGGAGGUGAGUCCCAACUCUGGCAGCUCUGCCUGCACCCAGCAGCCUCGAUGUUCCCUCAGCUAUCCUGAAGUGUGCAGGUCUGAGGCACAGUAGAAGGGCUGGGAUGGCUUAGUGGUGGGGCUUUUGCCAGGCACCUAACACUCACGAGGCCUUGGGCUCCAUCCCAGCACCAACAUCCCAGAAGGCUCCAGAAUUCAGAGGCUCCCCUCGCCUGCCACUACCCUACCCCGACCCUGACUCUGCUGGGCCUCCCUCCCCUCCAGCUGCCAAGCACUCUCUGCACAGCAGACCCCCGAAGCUGCCUCUUAGCUCCAACUCUUUCCUGCCUGUUCUUCCUCGAACCUACUCCAAUCAGACUUCCACCCGGCCACUUCUCUGAAGCUCUUUAUUAAAGUCAUCCUCAACCUCGAUGCUGCGAAAUCCAGCGACCAGGCUCUCAUCUCCUCCUCCUGUCAGCAGUAGGUGACCCAGGCUGAGAAAAGCAGGUUUAGCCAGGGCACAGAGCAUGCCUCUGUUUGCACCCGAGCCAGGAGUACCAGCAGGCAACCUGGGACCCCCACGAAGCUGCCCUCAAGGGUCCUGCCCAGUAAGAUGGGCUACUACGGAAAAUGCCUUGAGACUGUGAUAGAGCAACUGGACAAAUUUAAGCCUGAGAAAGACAGUCCUGAGCUGUUCUUGGAGUCCGUGUCCACGUCCCUGCAGGCGCUGAGCCCCCAGAAGUGGGCCCUCGUGUCGGAGCUCCUGUCUGGCUGUCUGCAGUACCGGAAGCUCCUGACCAUCGUGGUGGACGCCUUCUAUGUGCGGGACGGCCGGCUCUGCCUAUGGGCCGACUACAGCCUCUUUCAGGUGCUCUGCUACCUGGCCACGUUCCAGCUAGACGAGCUUGGCUUCCGGCUCUUCAGCAGCAUUGUCAAGGCCCUGCCUGCGGGCCAGACGUGCAAGUUCCUCAGGUUCUUCUUCAACCCUUUAAACCUGUGCUCGUGGAUCAAGGACGAGUGGAGCCUCAUCUACACGGCAGCCCACGUGCAGGAGCACUGGAUCGAACCCCUGCUGAGGUGGCAGCCAGAAGUCCAGGGCCUGUUGGACCAGCUGGAGGGAGGAUCAGCCCACCAGGCCCCUCUCACCAAGGUCAAGGCCAAGGUCACAGAGCCCCGGGAAUUCACCCUGACUGCACCCCGGCCCCGCACCAUUCCAGUGCCCGACCCGGUCCCCACUGUGGCCAAGCCAAGACCUGUCCCUCGGAGCACCUACCAGGAGCCCAAGGAGCAGCAGCAGCUGCAGCUGGUCAAGAGAUUCAACCGGCAGAAGGCCGAGGAGCUGCUGCUGCUGGCCAAUAUGGAGGAGCUGAGGUGCGCCAUGCCCAGGCCCCACGGUGCACCACCCGUGCAGGAUCCCAAGAAGCAGCUGCAGCUUGAAUCCACCUUGCCUCGAAUCCGGAAGUCUCCCAAGCUGACCUUCUACAGGCCUGACCAUGUCCCCGUCAAGCUGAACGCGGCUGCCAUCCUGCGGGAAGGGGCCCUGUACCAGCGCCAGGUGGAGAAGGAGCUGCAGAGGGUUGACAAGCUUGUGGACGGGUAUGGGGACCUCUCUGAAUUCCUCGAGUGGCAGGAGAAGAUGCGGGCAAAGGACCAGGCCGAGCAGCUGGCUGCGAGUGAGUGCCGCAGGUUGCAGGGGAAGCUGAGUCACGAGGAGGCGGUGCUGGCCCGGCAGCACGUCCUUCAGGAGAACAAGCAGAAGGCAGACCAGAAGAAGGAGCAGACAGCGGAGCUGAUGCUGCAGUGUGCCAAGCGACGCCUCCAGGAGGACAGGGCCAUGAAGGAGCUGGUGGAGCAGGUGACAGAGGUGCAGAAGAAUGUCAAGGUGGCUCAGAUGAAGCUGGUAAAGACCCGGCAGCAGAUAGUCCAGGAGGUGACUGAGGAGAGUCAGGAGCUGCUGCAGCGCAGGGCGGCAGCGGCCAAGGUAGAGCAGAGGCAACGCUAUGAGUUCAUCUCCCAGCUGCGCGCGCUGGAGACACAGCGCUCACGCAAGGGCAAGCUGGUGGACCUGACCCAGAUCCCAGGGUACGGCCUGGAGGGGGAGAUGUCUGUUGUGGAGCUCCGGGAGCGGCUGGCCCUGCUCAAAGAGACACAGAAGCGCAAGGAGGAAGAGAGGCGCGAUCAGAUCAUCCGGGACAAGUGUGCCAAGAGUGAGGAGCUGCGGAACACAGUGGAGCUGAUAUCCCUGUGCCGUGCAGCUGUGGGAAGAACUGCGGCCCUGAGGUGGGAGCAGAAGAAGGAGCGGGUCGCCCCAGCGCCGGCCCCGGACGAGCGCGUGCUGGAGCUGCGGCUCAGGAUCGCGGCGAGGGCUGCCGAACGCCUCGAGUACGCGGCCCCGCUGCGCGUGCCGGCGCCCGGGACCGCGCGCCCUCAGCCCCGAGUGAGCGCGCGGGGAGGAGGGGGCAGGGUCGGGGCCUUCGGCGUCCCCGCCCUCGUCAACCGCCCCCGCCCGCAGGCACAGCUGGAGGCGCAGCACUGGCAGGAGUUGGAGCGGAGCCGCGAGCGCAGCGUGCGGGGCGACCCGACCCCGGGGCCCGCGGAGCGCGCCUGA